AGAAAUCCGAAGGGAGUCCGGAAGUCGUGUCGCCGACUCGCCGUAGUGCUCGGGAUGUGUUGUUGUAGACAUGGUGGUGGUCGGAAACGUUGAAACUGGAAUAAGCAGAUAUAAAACCAGAAUAUUUGCAGAGAUAUAUGCUAACAGAAAACGCAACUAAUUAAAAUAAUAAGAGGGAGCAAGUCCACACACUCCACUUCACCACUACGUCUUGAAUGCUGUACCAAGAACCACUCUGCAAGUCAUGCCACUGUGAUGAAACAAUUUAGGGCAGGAUGCAGUCCUCAGGCCACCGACUGCGCGACAUUGAGCAGCACCACCCACUGCUGUCUGCCGGCGGGGACGUGGAGGCGGGGACCCUGGACGCCGGUGUGAUGGUCGGGGGCCCCCACCACAACAACCACGCGGGCCCCAACCCUCACCACACGUUAUGGUUCAUCCAGGACGGCUGUGGCAUGGUGUGCGCGGGCAUCACCUGGUUCCUGGUGUUGUACGCCGCCUUCGUGGUCAACUUUGUCAUGCUGCUGCCCGCCAAGAACUCCUGGUACCCACUGCUCAACGGGGCCGUUUUCAACACACUGGCCGUGCUGGCGCUCGCCUCGCACAUGCGCACCAUGCUCACCGACCCGGGUGCGGUCCCCAAGGGAAAUGCCACUAAGGAGUACAUGGACAGUCUGCAGCUGAAGCCAGGCGAGGUCAUCUAUAAAUGCCCCAAGUGCUGCAGCAUCAAGCCUGAGAGGGCACACCACUGCAGUAUUUGUAAAAGAUGUAUCCGGAAGAUGGACCACCACUGUCCAUGGGUCAAUAACUGUGUGGGAGAGAAGAAUCAGAGAUUCUUUGUGCUUUUCACGAUGUACAUAGCCUUGAUAUCCGCCCAUGCCCUUGGCCUCAGUGGCAUGCACUUCUUCACCUGCGUUAAAGUCCAGUGGAACGAGUGCAGUGACUUCUCCCCGGGCGUGUCGGUGCUGCUGCUCAUCUUCCUCUGUCUGGAAGCUGUCCUCUUCCUCACCUUCACCGCCGUCAUGUUCGGCACCCAGCUCCACUCCAUCUGCAACGACGAGACGGAAAUCGAGCGCCUUAAGAACGAGAAGCCGACGUGGGAGCGGCGCGUGCGCUGGGACGGGAUGCGCUCGGUGUUCGGCGGCCCGCCCUCCCUGCUGUGGUGCAACCCCUUCAACGGCCUGCGCUUCCACCGCCUGCUGCUGCUCAGCCGGGGCCGCCGCAGCGGGGCCGAGUUCGCCGUCUGAGACCCCAAGAGGGGCCCCGGGUCACACCCCGCCCCCGACUGUGUGUCGGGGGGGGGGGGGGGUUGGUCUGAGCGCCUGGGUCUGUGUGUGAGGGCGUGUCGAGUGUGGCUGGGAGUCUGGCGGAUGCGGAGGUGGUUCUUCCUGGGGGGGGGGGGGGCUGAUGACGGGGGCCCCUGGGUCUUGAGGCCCCUACCACUGGUAGUGUGGCGUGUUUGUCAUGUACACGGUGUGUAUGUGUAGGAGAGGCAGAAGGAGAGUAAGACUUUUUUUUUUUUUUAAGCGGCAACGAGCGGUUCGCUUGCUACGCUUCAGUGUCAUCGGUAGAAAGUGGACUUGGCGUGUGUGUAUACAUCGUAGUGCACAUGGUUCAAACUCAGCCCUCACCCUGCGUAAUACUUUGACUCUUUUUGUCGGCUACAGCGACGUGGCUCCGGGCGACCGUUCAACUGCCUCUGUUCUCUUUUAGAGGGACGUGUAUGUCUUGUGGGAAGCUAGUUGCCAGGAAACCAAGGACGGAAGAAAGACCUAACCGAAGACUCAAAGAUGGCAUACCUCGCAAAGUCUUUGUCCUUACACACCAACCGUAGCCACACCACCUCAAACGCAGCCCGUCAAGAUGGUGAACGCUGGAUCUGCAUGUGAACAUCUCAGUGCUCCCUAAUGUGUCAGUUGAAUGAAAUAAUUAAAAAAAAGACUGUGAAUGCAAUCCUCAUUCUCAUGUUAAGAGGACUGAGCAAUCUCCCUUUUGACGUUGCUGUUCAUCCUCUUCUGUUUUAAGCCCCCUUCGCAGUGACCUAUCGCGUGUUUGACAUCAAGCCAUUAUCGCCCUCUGCUGGAUCAUCAUUUUUGGCUGUCGGUGGUUGCUUGUCAUCUCUCAUCACGAGGACAUGGUCAAGAAAUCCCCACGUGAAUCGCUGGAUAUUACGACUUUGAAACUCUGUAGAUCAGCUGACCCUCUCCCUGGAUGUCAUUGGUCCACAAUAUCUGUUUGUUUUAGUUUUUUUUAAUGGUCUUCUCACUAUAUCAGUCGCCACUUCGAAUGAGUGACAAUUCGAAUGAACACAAAUCUGUUGUCUCUGUCCCAACAGUUUACAUUUAGACAAACUGUAACAAGCUGGAAGGUAAAUUGGUUUCUUUAGAGGAGUUGUGUUGUGGAAGUGAGUGUAUUCCAGUGGCUUUUAGGCCUCCAUAUGUCAACAGAUCAGCUGUGGUAGAAUGACUAAUUCUAACAAUUUGGUGAAACCUGAACUCUGUGGAUCAUAUGAAAAGAUAUACAUAGCCUUUUAAUAUAUACAAAAUAUUUAAAUAAUUAUUUCACACUGUUUGAAUUUGCAGCGAUUAAGAGCUGCUAAAUUUGCCACAUAGGAAGAUUUGCUAGUCAGAUCUCUCAGAUGAUGGUGCCCUGACCCUUCAGUACCCUGUGACCUGACCUGAUGGAUACGCCACUAGGCUUUAGUAUUGAUUAGAUAUCGGUAUUUAUGCAAAUGCUUGUCCCCCUCCCUACUUCCCCGUCUUAAAAUGGAUCCGGGUUCUCUUAUCGACUGUAUUAUUUUUAGAAUCUGAUUAUCCCUUUUAAUUAUUUUGCUCAAGCCCAAUCUACAUUCAGCAUGGAUACCAUUGUACAUAGUUGGUGCAUACAGUGUUGUGUUCUGACUCAAAAUAAUAGACCCUCACCACUCUACAGGACAUAGCAGAUCCCUGCCCGAUGCACCACGCCACAGGUAAAACGUACGUUCAACAGUGACAUUUACUCUCAGAGUUGUAUAUUGCGGUCUGUUUAUCAUUGUAGGUUUUUUUAAGAACAGGUAGGAUCUCAACUUCAAAGUUUACACUCGAUGAUGUAUGGGAUCCGACCAGAUCCUCUGACGUCAAAGUGUCAUAGAGAGAGAACGUAGUUUAUAACAAAUGUAUUUUUGUUUGUGGAAGAAGGGAAACGGGGGGGAGCACCACUGGGAUGUCCUGCAGACGAUAGCGGGGCCUCGGUUCCUCGCUGUCCACCCCUAUACAUGCAGUACAAAGGGAUUUGAUGUCUAGCUGACACUCUUCAAAUGAGAUUAAGAUUAAAAUCAGAUUACAAUCGCUCCUUUAAAGAGAAUGACCAUAUACUCUACUACACUGUGCUCAGCAGGUUGUUCUCAGCAGUAAUGUCUUAUAUUCUACUUGAAAUCACUCUUUAAAGAAAAAACAAUAACAAAUUAUUAAGAAUUUGAAAGCUUAUCGUUCAUGAAACUGGAACGAUUGAUAAGCAAGGUCAAUAGCUAAAGUCUGCAAGGAGACUUUCCGCAGUCCAGUGUUGCCUCUGAAAGGCGAAUAACUGAAAGGUAUUUACAAUCGCACAACAGUAAUGAAAUGAGAGGCCAUUUCGAGAACAGCCACAGCCAAUUAUGGGCUUUUUAUUAAAGUAAUUAAACGUGAGAUGUCAAAACUACAGACCUAUUGGUUAGCCAAGUGAAAGCAUACAAUGCAGAAUAUAUUGCCUAGAUUCAAAUAAUUUAUAGACACUAUCUUUUUGGUUGACGGUUAUAAUUUGGGCAGCUUGAAUUACUUAUAAAAAUAUAACUCUAUAGCUAUGUAUGUGUUUCAUAUCCAGAAGUGGAUCAAAACUGAAGGAUUCAAAUUAAAUGAACGCUUAAGGAAUUCAAAUUGUUUUAUUAGAAUCACAAAUUAUUUAAGAGAAUGAUGAAAAUUUCGCUUUAUAAAAUAUUCAGAUUACCCAACGAUAUACAUAUGGAAUGUGUAAUUGGUGUUUUUUUUAUAAAUGAUCUUUAUUGUCUUGUUUUUCAAUAAACGUGUUUCCUUUAAAGUAUGUAACAUCUAUUUUUAUUUUUUUAAUCCUCUUUUUGUUCUUUAAUAUCCAACUGUAUGAACUUAUGCAGUUUGAAAAAUACAAAUGGUAAAGAAACCCGACAGAACCUCUUCAAAUCAAUAGUUCUAAAUGGUUGACUAUGGAAUUAUCCAGCUAGCUUCCAUGUUCGUUCUAUAAGCACUCGCUGGUGGGGGUGCUGAAUGAAGAAUUGUGUAUUCAGUUCCCCCACCCAACUAGUGCUUAAAACCGAGAUGGCUGCUAGGUGAAUAAGGACCAUGCAUUACAUAAAUAGACACUAGUGUGGCAGUUGGAUUUACUGAUGCACUUAACAGCCACAGUGGUCCGGUGUGAUUUCACACAGGUCCCCAGAGUAUUUCGCCAGCUUGUUUAUACUGAUGUAACCUAGAGAGGAGAGACACUUUAUGAUUAAAAAGUAAGUAUGUUUUAAAUAAGAACGUGUGUAAUUCGUUCAAGGUCCUGUGUAGCUAAGCUCAACUAAAGCCUAGCAUGAAAUGUACUGUAUGGUAGGAUGCUUUGUGUGAAAGUGUCCACCAAACGGCAGAUGUACUAUUAUUUAUGAGAUCAAAAUUAAGAUGGCAGCCCGCCACCUUACUGUAUUUGGUGUGGUAUAGUUUAAAUUCGACUUGUGAGUUUCUCAAUAAUUAAGGUUCUCAAUUUUUACUGAAAUGAAAUCAACAUACUGAAUGAAUGCUUUACCUGUUGCUGGUUUAUUAAAGGAGAGCUCCUGUACUUCACAGCACACUUUGACUACAGUCGGGGGCGUCUCUGAGUCCAAAUGUUCACAGCUAUUAAAAAACACAACAUAAUGUAAUGUCAGCUACGAUAAAACACUUGCAUAAAUAAAAGUACUAUCAUAAUUAUAUACCAAAUUCUGCCCUUAAAUCACAUGGGAGGCAGGACACAAAUGCCAGCUUCAAGGUCAAUUUUUUUUUUCCAUCAUCCUUCUUUUGAGUGAGAAAUGUGCAAAAUAAAAAUCCAAUAGUGCAGAGGCUUUCAAGACUUUCAGAUGAUACUGUCAAGCAUCAUGUGGCGUGGUACAGCACUAAACAAAAACUGUGACCUGCUGUUCAAGUCUGUGGUCGUCCAGGAGUCCUCCUCCACCUGUUUCACUGAUGAACCCUGCAAAUACAGAUUUAAGAAUUAUGUAGGAGUAGACUAUACUAAAGGAAGGUUUUCGUUGGCUUUAUGUUUCAUACCUGGGGUUCGAACUGAUCAUCUUCCCUUUCCCAAAUCAGUCUGCCAACCACAUUCCGGACUUCUGCAAAUAAAAAGUUUAAUGGACUACAAUUACAUUCAGCACCAGCAGGCACCUUUAUCCAAAGCUAGACUAACAAAUGAGACAGAAAAUAAUCAAAGCUCUCCAUCCAAAUUUGAACCACCACUA